AUGGCGUUGGAUCACCGGUCGCGGUCUCCGUCGACCCCUUCUGAGGGUGAGAUCAUUGAAUCAGGUUCUGAGAUGAAGGCAACUGCCUCACAACCUCCUUUAAAUGGCACCAGCGUUGACCGUCCCCUCAGAGAUAGCACUUCAUCGGCGCUCAGAUCUCCCUCAUCCCUGAGAGGCAGUACAUCACCACGCCGACGGAAAUCCUGGUCCCGGUCGCGCUCAAGAUCCCGAUCCCCGUAUCGCGACAGCAGAGGUUACAAGCGCAGACGCAACGACGAAUAUGAUGAUUACGAAAACAGUCGCGCUCGACACGAUUCCACCCGCCGUUAUGGAUCGAGAUAUGACGAAAGAACCCAGGAUCGAGCCGUACCUCACCGCCGCCCAAAGUCGUACUAUGACUACGACCGUGAGGAGGGUUAUGGUGGCGGAUUGCGGUAUACCGACGACCAGGAUCACGAUUCUCGAAAAGACAAACGACCGCGCCCCCGGAGCCGAUCCCCUUAUCGCGAAGCUCGAAAGCCUAAGCAGUACGGCGAAUCAGAUGUGAAAACAAACGGGGCAUUUCCUCUAACGGAUACCAAGAGGCUCAGGCCGUCUUGUGAACAGGUGACGAGUGAGAAAAAGGCUCUUGCUAGUACUCGGGACUCUAAGCUUCAUGCUGAAAAACUAGAGAAUCAGGUGCAGCGGGCUCUGCCCAGGCGAGCCCAUUUUGCUGAUGAAUCGGAGACGCCUGAAAUGGCAGAAGAACCCCAGUCGAUUGAGCCAGUCGACGAAGCCGCUGCUUUAGAGGCGCGUCGAAAACGGCGCGAGGCGAUCCGAGCGAAAUAUCGGAGUCAGGCAACGCCCUUGCAUCUGAAAGCUGUUCAUGCUGAUGUAGAUACUGACACAUCUACACCCGGCGCAGAGUCCACCAGCGCACUAGACAAGUCAGCCCUAGGCUCACCGCAAUUGUCUCCGUCUCAGACAUCUAAGGAUUUGGCUGGAGACUCCUUUCCUGGAUUUAACAUUGGCAAGGACGCUGACCUCGCCAAUCCUGGAACCCCUGUAGAUGGCUCUGAGAAGGACGAGCCUUCCGCUGCAGAUUACGAUCCAACAUUUGACAUGAAAGAAGAGACACAAAAACACAGUGGAGUUCAGAGCUCGAAAGAUGAUGUAUCAUCCGCUGCCUAUGACGAGACAAUAGCCGCAAAGCAGGACAUCCUGAUUCCCGACGCUGCCCCUGAACAACCAGCACCAGUACCAUCAAAGGCCAAGGAUCCUUAUGACAUGUUUGCUGAAGACGAUGACGAUGACAUGUUUGCCGAAGACCCGAAAGAUGACCAUCCUUCCCAUGCAUCAGCGAUGGCUGUCCCACAGCCCCAGGAACUAGAUAUUAGCAUGAUGGACAACUGGGAUGAUUCCGAGGGGUACUAUAACGUGCGGCUUGGUGAGUUGAUCAACGGUCGAUACCAUGUCACCCAAACCCUCGGCAAGGGAAUGUUUUCAGCUGUCGUACGGGCUACCGACUCCAAGACCAACAAGCUGGUUGCUAUCAAGAUCAUUCGCCAGAAUGACACCAUGCGAAAAGCUGGCAUGAAAGAGAUUGAUAUCCUAGAGCAACUGCGCGAGGCCGACCCUGAAGACAAGAAGCACCUCAUCAAAUUCGAGCGCUAUUUCGAACACAAGGGCCAUUUGUGCAUGGUCUUCGAGAAUCUCAGUUUGAAUCUUCGUGAGGUUCUCAAGAAAUUUGGACGAGAUGUCGGAUUGAAUCUAGGCGCCAUCCGUGCCUAUGCUCAGCAGAUUUUCUUAGGACUCGGCCUCAUGCGCAAGUGUAACAUCUUGCAUGCGGAUUUGAAGCCAGACAAUCUGCUUGUCAGUGAACAGCUCAACGUCCUGAAAGUGUGUGAUCUGGGAUCUGCAUCUUCCGCCUCGGACAAUGAGAUUACUCCCUACCUCGUUAGUCGUUUCUACCGUGCUCCAGAGAUCAUUCUCGGUAUUCCUUAUGAUUAUGCAAUUGACGUCUGGUCCAUCGGGUGCACCCUUUUCGAGCUUUACACCGGCAAAAUCCUCUUCACCGGUCGCAACAACAACCAAAUGCUCCGUUCCAUCAUGGAGUGUCGCGGAAAGUACCCGCCUAAACUCCUUCGGCGAGGAUCUCUCGCCCACCUCCACUUCGAUGACAUGCUCAACUUCCACGGCACCGAGGAAGACAAGAUCACCGGGCGUCUUGUCACGAAGAUUGUGGAUUUCAAGAAACCGACUCGCGAUAUCAAAACCCGACUCAUGGGCAAGGGCACGCGCGGAAUGUCAGAUGUGGAGGUGAAAGACUUACAAUCAUUUGUGGAUUUCCUGGACCGUUGUCUCAGUCUGAACCCUGAGAAACGUUGCACCCCUGCCGAGGCGUUGAAACACCCUUUCUUAACCCGCAAAUAG